CGUCAUCGUCGGCUCGGAGAUCUCGCCUUCCCGCCGGCAGCAGCCAUGGACGCCGUCGACUCCAUGGUGGACCCCCUCCGCGAGUUUGCCAAGGACAGCGUCCGCCUCGUCAAGCGUUGCCACAAGCCCGACCGCAAGGAGUUCACCAAGGUGGCGGCGCGGACGACGAUCGGGUUCGUCGUCAUGGGGUUCGUCGGCUUCUUCGUCAAGCUCAUCUUCAUCCCCAUCAACAACAUCAUCGUCGGCUCCGGCUAGGUAUGCCCG